UUGGUCAAAGGUCACAGCAGAGGUAGACGACAAUUGUCUAUUUUGCACUUUUCAGUGGUGAUACGUAACCAUUUUUAGGUUUUCUUAACGGAUUGCAGCCUAGUUUUUCAAGAUUUAUUCAUCAGGAUCCUACCCCAAGCCCCUGAUGACUUGUGAAAGGUUGCCAUGGUCAGUGGCGACCUGAUGACUGAUUAGACCAGCCAGCCGAUGAGUGUGGGUGUGUUGGCUUUGAGUGUAAUACCAUUUGACCUGAGAGCAUUGACCCCGGGGACUCCAUCAAAAAGGAAGGAAGGAGCAUUUACACCAGAUCAACUGUCCAUCCGUCUGCAUCCAGCCAAUGCGAGGUAUAUCUCCAGUAAUUGAGCUGGUGAGUUGAGGGAGGUAAUAGCAGCUCUGAAGAUCUGAAAGGCUGUAUUGGUGCUUCAUCCGUUCAUCUCUUUGCCAAUGUUGAUUCGUCAUGUGUUGUCUGAUCUAUUGUGCUGCAGCCAUACUUGCCUUUGCCAUCAUUGCCCGGCUUAUCGAGAGGCAUCUAAGGAAACCCUACGUUGACAGACUCACAGAAAAAUACGUUCUUAUAACAGGAUGUGAUAGUGGUUUUGGUAAGCUCCUUGUUAAACAGCUGGACUGUAAGGGUGUCCACGUCUUCGCCGGAUGCCUGACUCCUAAAGGAGCGGAAGAAAUCGACCAAGAAACCUCAGAACGCGUCAAGACCCUGGUUCUAGAUGUGACAAAACAUGAACAUAUAGAAGCUGCUUUAGAAGAAGUCGAAAGAACAUUACCCAGCAAUACAGGUCUGUGGGGGUUAGUGAACAAUGCCGGGAUAUCGGUAGCAUGUGGUCUCCAGGAGUGGCAUACGAGAGAGGACUACAAGAGAGUUCUUGAUGUGAACAUCCUUGGUCUGAUGGACAUGUGCGUCACGUUCCUACCGCUUGUCAGGAAAGCCAAGGGAAGGAUAGUCAACGUGGCCAGCAUGGAGGGCAGGUUUGCCCUGCCGAGUGGUGCUUAUGCGGUCUCGAAGUUUGGCGUGGAGGCCUUUUCAGAUUCAGUGAGGAGAGAAGCUAAAAUGUUUCACUACGGCAUCAACGUAGCCAUUAUAGAACCAGGAUUCUUCAGGACAUUGAUAUCCAGUAAAAACAACUUCACAAAUAAUCUAGACAAGGCCUGGGAUAGACUCACACCCGAGAGAAAAUCAGAAUUCAUAGAAGAGGGCUUCCAAAAAUUGCGGCAAAACGUCUGCAACAUGCUUGACAACCGGACAUCGACGAAGCUCCACCUGGUGAGCGACGCCAUGGAACACGCCCUCUUCAGUCGGUGGCCGAAGACGAGAUACGGAGUGGGCUGGGACGCCAAGUACAUCUGGAUUCCGCUGUCUUACAUACCUAACAUCAUCAGUGAUCACCUGAUCAGUAUGGGUGGAUUCCCCAUUAUUAAGAACAACCGAUGAAAGGAUGAACAGGAGGGUGUUUCACAAAACUUGUCAUCAGUGACAAAUGACAGUUUUUGUUAUAAGCUACUGAAAUCCUUGCUUCGGAAUGGUCAUCAGCAGAUUUGUCACUGACUUUUGUCAUUUGUCAUUUGUCAUUGAAAAAAGGCUUUGUGAAAUGCCCCCCAGAUGUUCUAUCUAUCCAAGGUGCUGUGAAUCAAUGUACGGUUCUCUUCUGAAGACAUUUUCAAAAUAUUUCACAAGCAGGAUUUAUAUAAUUGUGCUCCUACCAAUAUGUGCUUGUGUGUGUUCUACACUCUGUCUCCUAAACAACAGUAACUUGAGAGAGUUAUUCCCAUUCACUGGCUCUUUUGAGCUGUACUGUAAAAUCAAGAAGGUUUUGCGUCUGUGACACUUUCGUAAAUGCUGCGAAGGUCCAGAUCCGUGAAAGUUUCUUUCCGUGGUAACCAGCUGCGGUGAACAAUUCAUGAAAGUCAUAUUUUACAUAGGUUUCUGAUUUUACAGUAUUUCAGUUUCCAAAUAUUAUGAAAUUGUGUUUAAAAUGAUUAUUUAGGAUGAUUCUGUAGAUUUGUGGCCACGAUUUAUACGUCCCUUCAGAGACCAAUGCCAGUUAAUGGUAAAAUCAAACAGUGGCGUGAACGGCCUGCCAUAGUUAAAGUCACAUAGAAGUCAGCUCUCAUGGGGAAUUUGACACCGUUCAGGUGUUUACCCCAAAACAGGUGUUGUCAAUCACCAGGGUUAGCCUCGAGUUUUAUGACCAUUAGACCUUAUGUAAUGCUUUGCUUUUCCUUCGGCCGAAGAAUCUCCGAGCAUGCUCCGAGAGACCAGGGGGUAAUUCUUGACUGGCCAAAGGGUUUGCUGUGUGCAGAUUUGUACUCCCAUUAAUGGUAUUUCCACCAAGUCUGGUGUCAGCGCAUUACGGCCUUCUGCACAUGGAAACUGACUACCCACUCCCUUUAAGUCCAACUUAAAGUCUAUCUUAGUCUUUGUGAAACACUCCCCAGGUCUAUCAGAUGUGAGAGGUAUUGAAUGCUAGACGAUAGUGUAAAUAAUCUUGUCUAUUUUGUAAAGUAUAUUUUGAUAACUGCCAAAUACUGCCAUUCUGAUGUUAAUUAUGUUUAUAUGUCAUAUAUUUCUAUACAGCAUAAUAUGUAUUGAUCUAUUUGAAAUGGUGCAUGUAUUACGAUUGUAAUGGGUAAAAAAGGUGAAUUUCUGACUUCCAAUAUGUGGGGUAUUAAAUGUGUAUGCACAGAGCCCGUUUACACUGCAGAUGCCAUUGUGUUGCAGAAAAAUGUAUUAGUGUACAAAAAUAAGUUUAUUCUGAGAAACUGCGCGAGCAUGUAAUAAGAGAUAGAAGAGAGAAAUAUUCUUGUCCUUUUUCAAACCAACUAAAUUUUUAAAAAGUCACGUAAAUGUGAAGAAUGUGAAAUACAAGCUAGUUUGUUAUUUCAGCAAACUUUGAAUAGAGGACUGGCAACCAACAACCCGAAUUUUCCAGCCAAUUGACACCUUUAAGUUAGAUUACAAAUGUAGACAGGAGCAUAGUACAGGAUGAUCUCGGUUGAGUGAAUUAUCCCGUUGUCUUUGCUUCCGUCGUCUUUGCGAAAGCGCUCUAACUAUUGUCCCCCCCCCCC